AUUUAGAAUAACAGUCUAAUUGAGUUAUCUACAAAGUAAAUACGUGUAGAAAUACGUGAAAAUGAAUUUAGAAAACAAAGUGGUAAUUGUAACUGGUGGAAGUUCAGGAAUCGGAGCUGCUAUAGCCAAGCUGUUUAUUAAAGAAGGUGCUAAAGUAGCUAUAGUGGGAAGAAAUGAAAAUAAACUAAGAGCAGUAACUGCGGAAUGCGAGAAACUGGGUAGCAAACCUUUAGUGAUUACCGCUGAUGUUUCCAAGGAUGCCGAAGCAAAGAAAAUUAUAGAUACAACCAUAAGCCAGUUUGGACAACUGGAUGUCUUAGUCAACAAUGCUGGAAUUGGUAAAUCAGCCGGCAUAUCAGACCCAAAUGCUUUGCAAGUAUAUGACGAAGUAAUGGGUGUCAAUCUUCGAUCAGUUGUUGUGCUUUCCCAUUACGCCACUCCACAUCUUGUGAAAAGUAAAGGAAAUAUUAUAAAUAUAUCAAGUGUAGCCAGUUUGGGAGUGAUGUCUGCCAAAAGUUUUGCUUACUGUGCUUCCAAAGCUGGAUUGGACCAUUUUACAAGGUGCAUAGCAUUGGAACUUGCACCGAGUGGUGUGCGAUGCAAUAACGUGAACCCAGGACCAGUUCAAACUGAUAUUUUGGAGAAUUCCGGCAUGAAUGAAGCAUAUCAAGCUGCUAUAUGGAACAAUUUCAAAAAUUCUACCGCCCUGGGAAGAAUCAGUGACCCUAUAGAGAUAGCUGAGGUGGUCCUAUUUUUGGCAAGUGACAAAGCUCAGUGCAUUACAGGAUCUUCAUUUAUUGCUGAUAACGGAACAAUAUUGAAGGGAGGAUUGAAAGCGGCUUAAAAAUGUCAAUAAAUUACUUGCAGAUAAAAUGAUGAGAACCAU